AUGCACAAGACAAGGCCGAGAGCUGCGCGCGGGCGCAUUCACGCCGCGGAGCGUGACUGCGCGACCAUCGACGAGGAUGCUAGGCGUGAGGCGAAACUGGCGACACUCCGCAAAUCGAAACGAAGGAAGGCUAUGGACGAAAGUGAAGAAUACGAGCUGGAAACAUCGGAAAAGAAGACGCAUUUGCAAGGAAGAAUGCCAGAAAGGACGCACAGAAAAAGAAAAGUCGGAGGGCGGAAGGGGGGUGGGAGAAGGAAAAGCGAGCGCGAAAAACGGGACGUGGGUGUUCCGCGCCCUGGUGCAACUCUCAGAUUGAAAAAAACUCCACAUCGAGAAGAAAUGCGUCAGACAAAGCUGCAAACAAAGCAAGUUCUCGCGUUUGGAGCGCGAAAACGGAAUCGACACUCAACGCAGGAGGCAGACGACCCGCGGCGGCAGCGCGUGUGCAGCCUCGCAACGCGCUCGUCCUGUCUUCUCUCGUCUUGCAGCUCCUUUCUCUUCUUCAUCGCAUCUCCGCUGCGCCUCGUCAAGCUCGCCCUGUGCGCACUUUUUUCUCUCUUUGUAGCUCGAAUUCUGUUUGGUCUGGAGAGCCCAGUUGGAGGGGGGUGUGCGUUUUGCACCGCCGCGGAUCUCGCCCUAAAGGUGGAGCGGCAAGAAGCGGGCAGCAACCGCGGACAGCAAAGGGUUCAUGUCCAGCAGCGAGAGAGGUUGCGAGCAGAGGGAGAGAGAGCCAAAAGAGCGAAAGAAGCGGAAGAGAAGGCGCCUUUGCGAGACUCACAGCAGGAAACUGAAGAGGCCAGCAGGCGACCGCGUGUCACCUAG